CAACAACAAAUUGAUCUGUGACUCAUCAUUUUCUCCUCCUUCCAUCGUCCUCUCUCCAUCCGUCAUGAACUCAUCCCUCCAGGGGAAGAAGAGGACAUCACAGAGUCUCGAGGAACUUCCUGUUCCUGUUGACAUCUACACAGCUGAGAGAAGAGUGAAGAAGAAGAAAAAGAAAGAGAAGAGACAAAUGGAGGAAGAGGAGGCCAGUCUUCGUCCUCCAGCUGAUGGAGAGAUAAACAGCGAGAUGAAGAAGAAGAAGAAGAAGAAGGAGAAGACAAAGGUGGAGGAAGAGGAGGUUGGUCUUCCUCCUGCUGAUGGAGAGAUAAAAAGCGAGAUGGAGAUAAAAAAGAAGAAGAAAAAGAAAAAGAAGGAGACCUUUGUGGAGGAAGAGGGGGUAGGUCUGCCUCCUGCAGAUGGAGGGAUAAAAAGCGAGAUGGAGGUAAAGAAGAAGAAGAAGAAAAAGAAGAAGACCUUUGUGGAGGGAGAGGGGGUUGGUCUUUCUCCUGCUGAUGGAGAGAUAAACAGUGUGAGCGAGAUGAAGAAGAGGAAGAAGGAGACAGAUGCGGACGAGGAGAUCUCUCUGGAAACCAGUGAAACACAAAAGAAGAAAGAAAAGAGACAUAAAAGUGGACCGAGUGAGGCCAUCGAUGUCGUGGCAACCACCCACUCCAACACAGAGACAAACUGUUUUGUUUCCAUGGUAACAAAAAACACUGUAAAGGAAGAGAAGAAAAAGGUGAUGACAGGAGGAGAGAAGAAGAGUUUGAGAAAAAGAGCUGGAGAUGAAGAUCUUUCUCCAGGUGUGUCGCUGCGUCGGGGGCGGUGCUCUCAGGAGGAGAAUCAGAGAAUCAGGCAGAAUGUGUCAGACUUCCUGGCUCUGACGGGCAUCAGCUCAGUCAAUCAGCUUCUGUUUCCUCAGAGGUAUAAAGAGCAGGAAGUUCAGAUCAGGAGGCUGAGAGCCCGACAUCACUUCCUGGAGAAGAUAGCUGAGGGGAUCCCCCGGACAUGUCAACAAGUUCUCACCAGAGCCAAGAAGCUUUUUGAUGACAGGAAUCACAUGGGAAGGUUCACGGAGGGGGAAGUGAGUUCUCUGAUCAAGUUACAGAACCUUCAUGGUAAUGACUGGAAGACAAUUGCUGAGAAGAUGGACCGCAGCGUGUAUGCUUUACAGAAACGCUUCUCCACCAUCGCUGCAGGUCGUGGGUUGUGGAGUGCAGAUGAAGAGUCCAGGUUGAAGUCUGCUUUGAAGGCUCACCUGGAGGUCAUAGCCCAGCAGAGUCCUGGUGCUGGUCUGAGCAGAGACCAGCUGUUCAACAACCUGCCAUGGAAGGAAAUCAGUCAGCAUGUUGGAACCAGGUCCUGGACCCAGUGUCGCCUCAAGUGGUUCAGCAUCCUGAAGUUUAAACUGUCUCCAGGUGGCAGCAUCUUCAACAGAGGAGCUGCAGGACUUCAGGCUAAAAUCCAUCUCAUUAACACAUUGUACAACAUGCAUGUUGAAGACGUUGCAGACAUCGACUGGGACCAGGUGGCUCAGGAUGUUGGUAACGUGACUCCUGUCUGUGUACAGAAGAGUUUUCACAGACUGAAAGUUUCCAGAGUUCCCAACUGGACCAGUUUAUCAUAUGGAGACAUCAUUGACUUCCUGUAUCAGAGGGAACUCCCUGACCUGAAGGAGAAACUAAAGAAGUGCAUGAGAGAGCAGGAAGAGCACAUACAGGAGAACAGCUACCAGCUGUGUGACAUCAUCACCUCUCAGGAUGACGACUAUGAGGAGGUGAACAACAGUCAGGUGAUGUUCAGUCAAUCAGGACACAGAGGGAUGUGAAGUCAGCAGCCGGCGACUUAAAAACAACAGGCCCCGUCCACUAAGUGGCACUUCCUGUAAGGGGUGGGACUUCCUGUCAGACUGAAACAUUAUAGCUCUCUCAAAAUUCAGGGGCCACCACCUUCGAAGGAGGCGGAGCCUGAACUGAGACGCAGCAGUUGAACCAGUUUUACUUAGAAGUCUUUAAACCUAAGAAACUGAAUGGAAGCUUUUAUUUUGAAGGUGCUGCCUGGUGAAUUGAUUAUUGAUGUAACCAGAUGUUUGCUGUUUUAACUUUUAAAGAAAGUUUUCAUCUUUUU